CGGGCUGUGGGGGUCCCUGUGGGGCUCAGGGCCAGGGGCUCCGCGGCACCGCAUCCAAGCAGGAGCGCAGGGACAAGCGGGGGGGGGAGCUCCGAGCCCCGGCGCCAGCAGAUGAGCACGUUUUGGAGCUGGUGACGUCUGCUCCGGCAUCACCGAGGCAGGAAAACAAGCGGCAGAGCGCGAUCCCAGCGCUGUGGAGCCGAGCAGGCUCCGGGGCACCGCGCCCAUCACCAUGUGCCCCCCGGCGGGGCCGCUGGAGGCCGGGGGGCUCCGCUGAGCCCCAGCCAUGGCGCCGUGGCGGUGGCUGCUGCUCUGGUGCUGGCACACGGCGCUGCUCCAUGGCCAGCGCCCACAGGACGGCCCCCCCCGCCCGGCGGGGUGGUCCCCGGCUCCAUCACCCCCCUGGGGACCCACAGAGGAGCCGGGGGACGCCGAGGGCUCGGCGGCGGCUUUGGCGUUCCUGCGGACGGGCGAUGCUCGGCGCCUGGCCCGAGCCAACUGCAGCCGGGGGGUCCCGGCGGCGGCCGCGGGUCCCGGUCCCCCCCCGGCGUUGCGAGCUGCGCUCCGUGCCGCCCCCGAGGCGCUGGCCCACGCCGCCAACUUCCUCAACAUGCUCUUCCAGACCAACGACAUCCGCGAGGCCAGCGUGGCCGAGGACGUGGAGUGGUACCAGGCGCUGGUGCGCAGCCUGGCCGAGGGGCACCCAUGGGUGCGCAGGGCGGUGCUGGCCCUCGAUGCUCACCCGCUGGCCGCCAAGCCCCGGCUGAUGCUGCAGGCUACCAAGGGCGAUGGCCAGAUCCUGCUCCAGGAUGUCUCCGCUGCAGCUCCGAGCCUCGGUAACCUCAGCUGGGACAACGAGUGGUUCAAUGCCCCCAAAUCCCAGCGGACCCCUGCCCUCCGCAAGCGGGUGCUCAGCAAUGACCUGCGCAGCAUGGAGACCCCCAAGUGGCAGCGGGGUGACAGCUACGUGGGGGACCCGGGCCAUGUGCGGUGGUCCCCUCCGUUCCUCGAGUGCCGGGACGGCCGGUUCCUGCCUGCCUGGGCUGUCACGCUCUCCGCUGCUUUCUAUGGGCUCAAGCCAGACCUCAGCCCUGAGUUCAAGGGUGUCGUGCGGGUGGACAUCGAGCUGCGGGACGUGGCCAUUGACCAGUGUGCCAGCGGGCCGGGCUGGUUCGCAGACACGCACCGCUGCGACCUCAACAGCACCCAGUGUAUCCCGCAGGAGAGCCACGGCUUCGUCCUUGGGAGGUACCUGUGCCGGUGCAAGCCGGGCUUUUAUGGGGCCAGUGGAGCAGCCCAGGCAGGCACAGCGGGGGCAGACGGGGGGUCCCUGUUGGGAUGCCGGCCCUGCCGCCAGGGAUGCUCCACCUGCCAGGACGAUGCUCCCUGCCUGAUCCAGGAGGACCGGGCGCUGCGGGCAGCCGUGCUGUCCUGCCAGGCCUGCUGCAUGCUGGCCAUCUUCCUCAGCAUGCUGGUCUCCUACCACUUCCGACGGAGCAAGAGGAUCCGGGCAUCCGGAAUCAUCCUCCUGGAGACGAUCCUCUUUGGGUCCCUCCUCCUCUACUUCCCAGUGUUCAUCCUGUACUUCAAGCCCAGCAUCUUCCGCUGCAUCGUCCUGCGCUGGGUCCGCAUGCUCGGCUUCACCAUCGUCUACGGCACCAUCACCCUCAAGCUGUACAGGGUGCUGAAGGUGUUCCUGUCCCGCACGGCCCAGCGGGUGCCCUACGUGUCAAGCAUGCGGGUGUUGAAGAUGCUGGGGCUGAUCCUGGUCCUGGUGCUGUGGUUCCUGGCGGCCUGGACCAUCGGGAUGCUGGAGAACGUGGACAAGAACAUCCCGCUGGUGAUCCGCACCCAGACUGCCGGCGGCCUCCACUUCUACAUCUGUGGCCAUGACCACUGGGACUACAUGAUGGUGAUUGCUGAGCUGCUGUUCCUGCUGUGGGGCAGCUUCCUGUGCUUCGCCACGCGCGCCGUGCCCUCCGCCUUCCACGAGCCUCGCUACAUGGGCAUCGCGCUGCACAACGAGCUCAUGAUCUCGGCCACCUUCCACGUGGUCAGGUUCAUCGUGGUCCCCUCGCUGCACCCGGACUGGACGCUGCUGCUCUUCUUCGCUCACACCCACGGCACCAUCACCAUGACCCUGGCCCUGCUCUUCAUCCCCAAGUUCCUGCACACGGGCUCGCCGCUGCGGGAGGAGAUCACAGCCGAGGUCUAUGAGGACGAGCUGGACAUGCGGCGCUCGGGCUCCUGCCUCAACAGCAGCAUCGCGUCGGCCUGGAGCGAGCACAGUCUCGACCCCGAUGACAUUCGGGAGGAGCUGAAGAAGCUCUACAGGCAGCUGGAGGUGCACAGGAGGUGGCGGAUGGCAGCGCUCAACCCUCACCUCCCCAAGCAGCGCAGCGCCCGCCGCAGCCUGGCCCGCUCCAUCGCCCACCGGGUCACCGAGCUGCCCGAGGCGCUCGCACGCCGCCGCCGCAGCAGCAGCACCCGUGGGUCCUCGGCCAAGCAGCUCCUCAAUGCGGGUACCACGGACGUGAGGAUGCGGGAUGAUGGCUCCCGCAGCACUGAGGGGGUCCAGGGGGGUUCACCCAUCCUUGCUGCCCCCCAGGAGCCUGCGCCGGGGAGGAAGAUGAUGGUGACGGCGGCCUCGGAGCAAUCCGACAGCGAGUCCCUCGAUGCUGCUCCGCUCGUGUACAAGUCAGCCAGUGCCCACAACCUGGUGGGGCACGGGCAUUCCCCCCUGCCCCGCGCCCCCCCCUUGCACAAGUCGCUCAGCGUGGUGGCCGGGGCGCAGGAUGAAGCCCUGCUCGCCGCCAGCCGCGCUGCAUGGGGGAAGGAACACAUCGAGCAUCCAUUCAGCCUGGCCUCGGGGCACCCCACGGCACAAGGACCCCCCAAGGAAGAUGGGAAGCCACAAAGCCCUGAUGCUGAUGCUGUCCCCAGCCCCGCCGAGGGGUGCUCGCGGUCUGUGUCCCCCCUGGGCGAUGGCAGGGUGCAGAGACACGUCACCUACGCGCCCAUCAAGAGCAUCAGCGUCGACGGCUCCCAUCACCCAGGGCGGGUGCGGAUGGUGGUGGUGAGGAGAACCCCACCACGGCCCCCAGUGCGCUGCCAGAGCCUGGGGCAGCGAGGACCAGCGGCCGGGGACAGCCUGGGGACAGCAGAGCCACCCGUGGCACCCCCAGCAGCAGGGAUGAAGGAGGAAGAUGCGGGGUGCACAUCGCCCGCAGCAUCCAUCCCGGCACAGGUCUGUCCCUGGGAGCUGGUCCAGGAGGAGAUCCUGAGCCGGAGGGAAAGAGCCACCCAAGCAGCAGGGUCGGGGACCACCAGUGACACAGCAGCCACUCCCCCCAGCAUCAAACCAUCCGCCCAGAAGAUGUCCCUCUGGAGCCUGGGCCUGGCCAUCAAAGCCUUCAACAGAUCCAGAGGGAAAAGCAUCCCAAAGGGAAAGAGGGAGAGCGAGGGGAGCCUCAGGAAGAGGAGGGGGGGCAGCAGCAGGAGGGAGAGGCCAAGCCCAGCAGAGACAUCGGCCGUGUCCCCUGCAGGGACCACAGGCUCCGAGCAGGGCUUUUGCCAGCACAACAACAACGCCAGGGCCGCUGCGGGCGAUGGAGAGGAGCCAGGUGAGGAGCAGGGUGCUCCCCAUGGGGAUGCGGAUGCAGGGCACAGGGCCCCAUCAAGCUCUGGUCACCAAGAAGGAGCUGAACGACCCCAUGAGCCCCCGGUGGUGGUGGCACAGCCCCAGCCACAGCAAGGGGAUGAGGCUCCUGUGGCCACACCAAAGGAAGGGCUCGAGGGACCCAGCGGGUCCAUCCCCUGCCAGGACCACACAGAGGUGGAGCAGCCACGGGCAGGACCCAGCGCGAGCAGCUCCCAUCCAUCCAUCAGUGAUGGGCAGAGAGCAGCUGCUGAGGAGCUGGAGGCUGAGGUUUGGCCCCAAGGAGCCCUGGAUGGCCCAGCAGGAACCGUGUGCCAGGGGGAAGGCAGCAGCCACCCUGAGCCCCUUGGUCCCAGGGACAUUGGGAAGGUCCCUGCAAGGAGAUGGAGCGAGGAGAUGGCCCCGGUGGGCAGGAAGGCACAGGUCUAUGCUAGGGACAACCAGGCUGAUUCCAGCAUCAAAACAGGGAUCUGCCUCUGGGAGGAGAGCAGGGAGGACCCUCAGCAUCCCAGGGAAGAGCUGGGCAUGGAGAAACCAUCAGCAAACCUCUCGGAGCUGCUGGAGGGGCCUUUGCAGGGCAGGAGGGGCCAGGUUUGUCCAUGGGAGACCCUGGAAGAGGGGAGGACCACGAGAGCAGCAACCGGCCCCUGGGACGCAGAGGGGGCUGAGCCAGAGCAAGAGGGGCAGGAAGCAGAGAGGAGAUGGGUAGGUGAGCGGGGCAAGAGCAUCAGGGCAAGGUCCCUGGGGGUGGUGGGAGCUCCAAAGCCACCCAAACCUGGUCCCAGCAGCUUCGAGCUGCCAGAAGGGAUCCCAAAGAGCGCUCGGGCUUCGGUUUGUCCCUGGGAAGCGACGGGAGCUGAUGGCGAUGCAGGAGGGAUUCGCCCUUGGGAAGGGGGAGCAGCCGCAUCCAAUGCAGGGAAAGCAGAGGAUGGUGACACCUCCCAAGGGGAAAACGGGAUUUCCCCACAGGCAGCAGCCCCAGGGGGCACGGGAGGGAUGGGUUUGGCUGCAGACAAGGGGAGCACCCAGCAGGGAUGUCCCUGUCCCGGGGAGGGUGCGGGGCAGCGCAGCACAGGGCUCGCAGCAGGACACCCAGCUCUGCCCAAAGCCGAAUCCAAGCACGCAGGAGCCAUGGGCAGCAGCAAGGCCAGCGUUUGUCCAUGGGAAGCAGAGGUUGAGCCGCUUGCCAAGGCAGAAAUCUGCCCCUGGGAAGAGCCUGAAGCUCCAUGGGGGAAGGACAGAGCAAGGCAGGACACGCGUGGCACUUCCAAAGGGGGAAACAAACCGGUGACCAGAGGCCUGGAGGGCGUCAAAGCAAAGCUGGCAGAGGUGGGAGGCCAUCACCCGGAGCACAGGAAGAGCAGGAGCUUCGCAAACCUCAUUAGGAAAAGCAUGGAGAGCCCAAAAGCCAAAUCCAAGAAAUCCCAGAGUGCGGAGAGCAUCAAAGAGGAAGUUUGUCCAUGGGAGAGCCUGGGUACGGAGCAGCCCAUGGAGCAUCCCCGUGCCAGGAGCCCAGCGCUGCCCAGUGCACCUCCAAGAGCAUCCCAGAGUGGGGAGAGUCUGAAGGCAGAGGUGUGUCCUUGGGAGGCUCCAGGGACUCAGUCCAUGGACAAAGCAGAGAUCUGCCCCUGGGAGGGGGCUGCAGCUCCAUCAGGUAAAGAGGAACUAAGGCAGGACAAGGAUGCUCUGUCCAUAGGGAGAAAAAGCCCCUCCACAACAGAAGGUGCCUUCAAAGGUAUUGAGCAUCAUAAGUCUGCAAAGGAGAAAGCAAGCAUGGAGAGCCUGAAGGCAGAGGUGUGUCCUUGGGAGGCUCCAGGGGCUCAGUCCAUGGACAAAGCAGAGAUCUGCCCUUGGGAGGUGGCUCCAGCUCCAUCAGGUACAGAGGAACUAAGGCAGGACAAGGAUGCUCUGUCCAUAGGGACAAAGAGCCCCUCCACAAUGGAAGGUGCCUUCAAAGGGAUUGGGCAUCGCACAUCUGCAGAGGAGAAAGCAAGCAUGGAGAGCCUGAAGGCAGAGGUGUGUCCUUGGGAGGCUCCAGGGACUCAGUCCAUGGACAAAGCAGAGAUCUGCCCCUGGGAGGGGGCUGCAGCUCCAUCAGCUACAGAGGAAUCAAGGCAGGACAAGGAUGCUCUGUCCAUAGGGAGAAAAAGCCCCUCCACAACAGAAGGUGCCUUCAAAGGUAUUGAGCAUCAUAAGUCUGCAAAGGAAAAAGCAAGCAUGGAGAGCCUGAAGGCAGAGGUGUGUCCUUGGGAGGCUCCAGGGGCUCAGUCCAUGGACACAGCAGAGAUCUGCCCUUGGGAGGGGGCUGCAGCUCCCUCGCAGCAGCUGAAGCCAAAGCAGGGCCCUGGGGGAGUGCCCAAGGGGGACAAGCGCAUCAGGCGCCAGGCAGCGCUGGCCAGCCCAGGGAGAGCCCUGGAGAGGGGCAGCAGCAAGCGAGAGGCUGCGUGUCCAUGGGAGAGCCUGGACAAGGAGCAGCCCAUGGAGCAUCCCCGUGCCAGGAGCCCAGCGCUGCCCAGAGCGCCUCCGAGAGCAUCUGAGAGCAGGGAGAGCCUGAAGGCAGAGGUGUGUCCUUGGGAGGCUCCAGGGGCUCAGUCCAUGGACAAAGCUGAGAUCUGCCCUUGGGAGGUGGCCGCAGCUCCAUUAGGUACAGAAGAAUCAAGGCAGGACAAGGAUGCUCUGUCCAGAGGGAGAAAGAGCCCCUCCACAACGGAAGGUGCCUUCAAAGGGAUUGGGCAUCGCACAUCUGCAGAGGAGAAAGGAAGUGUGGAGAGCCUGAAGGCAGAGGUGUGUCCUUGGGAGGCUCCAGGGACUCAGUCCAUGGAUAAAGCAGAGAUCUGCCCUUGGGAGGUGGCCGCAGCUCCAUCAGGUAAAGAGGAAUCAAGGCAGGACAAGGAUGCUCUGUCCAUAGGGACAAAGAGCCCCUCCACAACGGAAGGUGCCUUCAAAGGGAUUGGGCAUCGCACAUCUGCAGAGGAGAAAGCAAGCAUGGAGAGCCUGAAGGCAGAGGUGUGUCCUUGGGAGGCUCCAGGGGCUCAGUCCAUGGAUAAAGCAGAGAUCUGCCCUUGGGAGGUGGCCGCAGCUCCAUCAGGUAAAGAGGAAUCAAGGCAGGACAAGGAUGCUCUGUCCAUAGGGACAAAGAGCCCCUCCACAAGUGAAGGUGCCUUCAAAGGGAUUGGGCAUCGCACAUCUGCAGAGGAGAAAGCAAGCAUGGAGAGCCUGAAGGCAGAGGUGUGUCCUUGGGAAGCUCCAGGGGCUCAGUCCAUGGACACAGCAGAGAUCUGCCCCUGGGAGGUGGCUCCAGCUCCAUCAGGUAAAGAGGAAUCAAGGGAGGACAAGGAUGCUCUGUCCAUAGGGACAAAGAGCCCCUCCACAACAGAAGGUGCCUUCAAAGGGAUUGGGCAUCGCACAUCUGCAGAGGAGAAAGGAAGUGUGGAGAGCCUGAAGGCAGAGGUGUGUCCUUGGGAGGCUCCAGGGACUCAGUCCAUGGAUAAAGCAGAGAUCUGCCCUUGGGAGGUGGCCGCAGCUCCAUCAGGUAAAGAGGAAUCAAGGCAGGACAAGGAUGCUCUGUCCAUAGGGACAAAGAGCCCCUCCACAACGGAAGGUGCCUUCAAAGGGAUUGGGCAUCGCACAUCUGCAGAGGAGAAAGCAAGCAUGGAGAGCCUGAAGGCAGAGGUGUGUCCUUGGGAGGCUCCAGGGGCUCAGUCCAUGGAUAAAGCAGAGAUCUGCCCUUGGGAGGUGGCCGCAGCUCCAUCAGGUAAAGAGGAAUCAAGGCAGGACAAGGAUGCUCUGUCCAUAGGGACAAAGAGCCCCUCCACAACGGAAGGUGCCUUCAAAGGGAUUGGGCAUCGCACAUCUGCAGAGGAGAAAGCAAGCAUGGAGAGCCUGAAGGCAGAGGUGUGUCCUUGGGAGGCUCCAGGGGCUCAGUCCAUGGACAAAGCAGAGAUCUGCCCCUGGGAGGGGGCUGCAGGUCCCUCGCAGCAGCAGAAGCCAAAGCAGGGCCCUGGGGGGGUGCCCAAGGGGGACAAGCGCAUCAGGCGCCAGGCAGCGCUGGCCAGCCCAGGAAGAGCCCUGGAGAGGGGCAGCAGCAAGCGAGAGGCUGCGUGUCCAUGGGAGAGCCUGGACAAGGAGCAGCCCAUGGAGCAUCCCCGUGCCAGGAGCCCAGCGCUGCCCAGAGCGCCUCCGAGAGCAUCUGAGAGCAUGGAGAGCCUGAAGGCAGAGGUGUGUCCUUGGGAGGCUCCAGGGGCUCAGUCCAUGGACAAAGCAGAGAUCUGCCCUUGGGAGGUGGCCGCAGCUCCAUCAGGUAAAGAGGAACCAAGGGAGGACAAGGAUGCUCUGUCCAUAGGGACAAAGAGCCCCUUGCCAAGGGAAGGUGCCUUCAAAGGGAUUGGACACAGCAUGCCUGCAGAGGAGAAAGCAAGCAUGGAGAGCCUGAAGGCAGAGGUGUGUCCUUGGGAGGCUCCAGGGACUCAGUCCAUGGACAAAGCAGAGAUCUGCCCCUGGGAGGGGGCUGCAGCUCCAUCAGGUAAAGAGGAAUCAAGGGAGGACAAGGAUGCUCUGUCCAUAGGGACAAAGAGCCCCUCACCAAGUGAAGGUGCCUUCAAAGGGAUUGGGCAUCGCAGGUCUGCAAAGGAGAAAGGAAGUGUGGAAAGCCUGAAGGCAGAGGUGUGUCCUUGGGAGGCUCCAGGGGCUCAGUCCAUGGACACAGCAGAGAUCUGCCCCUGGGAGGGGGCUGCAGCUCCAUCACGUACAGAGGAAUCAAGGCAGGACAAGGAUGCUCUGUCCAUAGGGACAAAGAGCCCUUUGAAAAGUGAAGGUGCCUGCAGAGAGAUUGGGCACAGCACACCUGCAAAGAAGAAGAAAGCAAAUCUCGACCUUGAGUCCAUCUGCCCCUGGGAGAGCCUGGACACGGAGGAGCAAUCCCUGCGAACAACAGGGAAAGAGCCAUCCAAGAAGUCCGACAGCACAGAGAGCAGGAAAGCUGAGAUUUGCCCCUGGGAAGCAGCAGAGCCCAGUGGCUCAGAGAAGGAACUCCCACAGGGAGCUGAUGGAGCAUCCUCCCCUGGGAUGGGAGAGUCAAAGGUGGUGCUGGGAGCCAGCACCGUGUCUCCACCAGCCCCAAGGAAGAAACCCAAGGGCAGACCUGGCAGCGAGGCCAAGCACAAGCCCCUGAGCCGCAUCCAGCCCCGGCGGGGCCCUGGGGCAGAGCUGCUGCCUUGGGCAGCGGGUACAGCCCCUGGGACAGGCAGCAGCCCCAGCCCAGCUGAGGUUUGUCCCUUGGAAGCAGAAGAGGCUCCACCAGCAGAUGACAAGACCAGCACAGAUGGGAGGAAAACCUCAGCGGUGUGUCCAUGGGAGAUGGAGAGUGCGGAUGCCACCCAGAGCGGAACCAAAGCAGACAUCUGCCCUUGGGACCAUGAGUAGCUCCCUCCUGCCAGGGCCAUCAGCCAGCUGCAGACAUGGUUUUCAUGAACACAAGGUCUUGAGCUGAAGGCCGAUGCCCAAUGGCACAGCCCAAGCAGGGACACAAGUGUCCAGCGAAGCCAAUGGCAUGGCCAUGCUUCCAGAAGUCACUGGUGGUGGCCUUGGGGACC